CAGACGACUCGGCUCCGAGCCUCAUCCCUGCCGAGCCCGACCGAGCGGAGCAGAGGACAGAGGACAUUCGCAGUGUGUCGGGGGGAGGGGAGCAGAAAGUACUUGCAACAUUUUAAUCUUUCAAAAUAAACAUUUCGUUGGCGGCUAUGCUUGGGGCUCGUUUAGUUUUGUGAGCCCCGCGGAAGUGAUGUUGAUGUAACAGCACCGCAAAGUGGUGAAAGAAAACUUAAGACAACUAGUCAUUUGUAAAAGCAACCCUGGCUUUCAUCAUGAGGAGUAGAAGCAACUCAGGGGCCCGCCUGGACUACUACCAGCGGAUAGCCCACAAACUGAUUAUGUGCCAUCAGGACCCUGUUACAGGCUUAUUUCCUGCCAGUCCAGAGAACGAUCAUGCUUGGAUACGUGAUAAUGUUUACUGUGUUCUGUCCGUGUGGGGGCUCUCAAUGGCCUACAAAAAGAUGGCUGACAUGGAUGAGGACAGAGCCAAAACCUAUGAACUUGAACAGAGUUGUGUGAAGCUUAUGAGAGGAUUGUUGAUGGCAAUGAUGCAGCAAAAGGACAAAGUUGAAAAGUUUAAGAUUUCUCAAAAUCCUCUUGAUUCACUACAUGCUAAAUAUUCAUCGACUACAGGGCAAUCCGUUGUUGGCGAUGCAGAAUGGGGACAUCUUCAAAUUGAUGCCGUCUCCUUGUAUUUACUCGUGCUUGCACAGAUGACAGCCUCAGGUCUACAGAUUAUUUUCAGUCUAGAUGAGGUUUCCUUUAUUCAAAACUUGGUAUUUUACAUUGAAUCAGCUUACUGUAUACCUGACUACGGAAUUUGGGAACGAGGAGAUAAGGCGAAUCAUGGUCUCCCUGAACUCAAUGCCAGCUCAAUAGGAAUGGCUAAGGCAGCCCUCGAAGCAAUGAAUGAGCUGGACUUGUUUGGAGCUCGAGGAGGACCCUCGUCUAUUAUUCAUGUUCUUGCUGAUGAGGCACAGAAGUGUCAAGCCGUCUUGCAUUCAAUGCUGCCUCGAGAGUCCAGCUCCAAAGAAAUAGACAGUGGUCUCCUCUCAGUUAUCAGUUUUCCUGCCUUUGCUGUAGAUGAUCCCCAACUUAUUUAUCAAACCAGGCAAACUAUUGUCUCCAAGCUGCAGGGCCGUUAUGGUUGCAAAAGGUUUUUAAGAGAUGGACAUCGCACCCCUAAAGAGGACCCCAACCGCUUGUACUAUGAGCCCUGGGAGCUAAGAAUGUUCGAAAACAUUGAGUGCGAGUGGCCCUUGUUCUUCUGCUACCUUAUUCUGGAUGCAUUUUUCAUGGGUCAAAGGGAAGCUGCAGAAAAAUACACUGACGCUCUAGAAUCAGUUAUCAUAAAAGGAGAAUCUGGGAUGAAGUUAGUUCCAGAACUUUUUGCAGUACCUGCCAGUAAAGUUACGGAUGAAUACAGAAAUCCAGGUAGCCAGGAAAGAAUGGCUUUGGGUCAUUGUCCUUUUCUCUGGGCUCAGUCUCUGUACAUCUUAGGGAAACUUCUGCAGGAUAGGUUUUUGGCUGUUGGAGAGCUUGACCCUCUGAACCGGAGGCUGUGCUCUGAAAAGAAACCAGAUGUUGUUGUACAGGUUGUAAUCCUAGCAGAAGAUAAUGAAAUCCGUGAGAAAUUGAGACAGCAUGACAUAUGUGUGCAAACUAUAGCAGAGGUGGCUCCAAUUGAGGUUCAGUCUGCUCGAGUCUUGUCCCAUCUGUACACAUAUCUAGGGAGGAACAAAAAACUUGGUCUUUCUGGUCGCAAAUCACGUGAUGUAGGAAUAUUGAGCACGAGCAAGCUGUAUUCACUCCAUGAUCGUAUAUUUGCUUUUACACCACAGAAAACAGAUUUGGAAGAAGUCUAUACUGUGAGCGAUAUUGAUUUUUUGGCCAGCAACUUUGUGACUGAUUUUGCAUUUUUGGCUAUGAAUUGGCGGAACACUUUGGGCCGCCCUACUUAUGUCAUCGUCUGCAACCAGAGCCAUUUAGAUAAUGGGAAGAUCCCACUGGCUAUGGUUACUACUAUGAAAAAAUUGAAAAGCGGGUACAUUAGUGGAACAAGAGUGACUUUAGGAAACCUUAGUGAGUUCUUAAGCACUUCAUGUAUUACCAACCUCAGCUUCCUUGGUAGUCAAGAGGAUGGGCUGCCUGAUCGACUCAAUCCUUCAGUGGAAAAAUACUUAGAAGAUCACAUGAUGAAAUCUCUUGCCACCAGAAGUCAACUUUUAACAAAAACUGUUGAUAGGAAGAAGAACCUUCGUAGGAGAAUGUCUGUGAAGGGAGCAAUUAAGAAAACUAGAUCCAUUAUUCUAGCUGAAACGGAUUCCUUAGGUGUUCCUGUGGGAGACGCUGAAAGACGUCCAUCAGAAAGCAGUACAGAUGGGAAAAAUCGUAGUCCUUCUCCUGAGGAUUUAGUUCCGUUAUGGAAGCAAACACCAACAAGGCAUAGUGAGGUCGUUGCCCGUAGGCUUCAGUCAGAAACACAGUAUGCGGACACUGAAGUGGAGGAGCUAUUAACCAUGUUAAGAGAAUCUGAACACCUUGAAGAGCAAGGGGAUAUUUUGCAGUAUUUAGUGGAUACACAGGGCCUGAACUUUAAUACAGGCAUUGUGGAAGAUGGGAAGGAGGUUACAGUUAAGGAUCUUCUGAAAAUACUCUAUGUGAAAGCAUCUCAGCAGAAGCUGUGGGGUCUUGUUCGUCAUACAGCGGGUAUGCUUGGGAAACGUGUUGAAGACCUUGCAAAAGCAGUGACUGAUAUACUAGUUCGUCAGAAACAGGUGACUGUAGGAAUGCCUCCAUCAAAUGAGCACACCAUCACUGCGCCUUUACCUGAGAAUGAAUUAAGACAGCUCAUACAUCAAGCAUAUGGUGAUGAUGAGAGUACAGCUAUGCUAACACAAGAGUUGCUGGUUUACUUAGCUAUGUUCAUCAGAACGGAACCCCAACUCUUCAAUGAAAUGUUGCGCCUCCGUGCAGGUCUCAUCAUUCAGGUAAUGGCAACUGAACUGUCUCGCUCUCUUAUAUGUAAUGGUGAGGAAGCCUCGGAACAUCUUCUCAACUUAUCACCAUUUGAAAUGAAAAAUCUUCUCCACCACAUUAUGAGUGGAAAAGAGUUUGCUAUGAGCAGCGUUGGGAGAGGCAACUACUCAGUCAUAAGUUGUAAGUCAAGUCGAGUGAGCAAGAGAAGUCAAAUUGGUGGUCUUCUGGCUGUGCCCGAAGGAGAGGCUGAAGAGGACGUUGGCUCCGAUCGGCAAGGACAGUGGCUCCGGCGACGUCGGCUAGAUGGAGCUUUAAAUAGAGUUCCUACUGACUUUUAUCGAAGAGUAUGGCAUGUGCUUGAAAGGUGCCAGGGGCUAGCAAUUGAAGGCCGAGUCCUUCCUCAAAACCUUACCCAAGAAAUGACAUCUGGCGAGCUUAAAUUUGCUCUAGCAGUGGAAACUGUUUUAAAUACUAUACCCCAGCCUGAGUAUCGUCAGCUUGUUGUUGAAGCUCUGAUGGUCUUGACUUUAGUGUCUGAGUAUAACGUUGCUAGCACUUUAGGUGGUGUCAUUGCAGUAGAGCAUCUAGUCCACAAAGCAAACCAAAUUUUUCUGGAGGAUCAGAUGCAAGUCAAUGGGGAUGCUACCCUGUGCUGUGCCAAACCACGAGAACAACGUGAUAUGUCUUGCUCUGGAGGUCUACUCUGUGGAGGUGCUGCAUACAUUUGUCAGCAUUUCUAUGAUUCGGCUCCUUCCGGGAGUUAUGGCACCAUGAGCUACGUGACACGAGCAGUUGCCUCACUGCUGGACUGCUUGCCCAAGGAAGGUGACAUGGAUUGCACCAUUACUUAAGCAAUUUUGUUUAAUUAUUCCAGAGGCUGAUUACUUUUAGUAAGUCUCUACUAUUUUAAAGACAAGCAGUAAAUUGUUCAAUUCUAUUAUUGCCUCAUGACAGAAUAAUAAUACUGUCAGACUUGUUUUGAUUUUGCUUUUAAUUAAUAAUAUUUUUUAGUGAGCUAUGAGAUUUCUUCAGAGGCUGGCCAAAAAGACUUUUUAACAUGUAAUAUUUUUGAAUUGCACCCAAUCCCUAUUUUUGCUGAUGAACUCUCCUAGAAGAGGCCUAUGAAUAAUUUCAAUUUCCUAUUGGGAACUAUUUUCUUGAAAUAUUUUUUUGAAUAAUAUUAAUUUGGUUUUGUUCCUGUACUAAUUUUAUGCAUUCGCCCAUGUUUAUAUUCUUGCCUUGGUUUCAUAUUCAUGCUUCAUCCAGUCUCUAAUUCUUAUAUAGAAAUUUAUCCUUCUAAUCUGCAGUAUCCUGUAAAGUUUGCCUCUAAAGCAAAGGAUAUACAAUUAAUGUUGCAACUGCAUACUGAGCCAAGUAUAUUGUAUGUAUUUCUAUUUUGCUCCUUAGUGCUAUGAUACACCUGUGUGUCAACUGCGGUAGAGCUGUGAUAACCUUUGUGCCAUGACCAUACUUCACAUAAACAGGAAGUUGGUGGUUCUUGCAUUGGCAAGAUUAUUGUUGUUAUAAAAUGUUGUAUUUAAUGUAAAAUAAAAAAAUAAAUUUAAAAAAUGGGAAGGAAAUGUGUUA